AGUUGUUACCUGACUUCUCCCCCCGAGCCGCUAGUGAGCGAGCAGCGGUUGGCACCGUGACGCGGUGGUGCAGGUCUGAGUGUUGCACAGGCCGGGCCCAGUGCUGCAGGUUGUCCGGUAGGGUGCCCGCGGAGCUACGAGCAUGCUGUUGAUGUCAGGAGCAGAGGAGGGGAACGUGAGCGAUAGCUGAAAACUGUCGGUGCUCUUCUGGAAGGAAACAAACCCGCGGUCGUCCGGCAUGUUUUAACUGAAGGUUUCACCGCCACUGGACCAGCCUGUUAGCGACGCAUUAGCAGGCACCGCUCGUGUUGGUGUGUGUCUGUGUGUGUGUGUGUGUGUGUGUGUGUGCGCGUGGUUAUUUAAUGGGACAACCAAAACGCAGAAAACGCAAGGUAGGCUACCGCUCCUGUCGCCAGCGCUGCUACUUUAUUUCCAUGGACUAAUACGACACGCGCACGGGGGCUGAGCAAUGUUUCGCUUUAAGGUAAAACGCUCCUCUUCGAAGACACCGUCUGCUCGGUAACGCUAGCUGGACCCGGUAACGUGGAUAUUUUGGGGUCGGGCUCUUGAAUGUAUGAAGUGGCUCGGACGUUAUAUGUUGUUGUUGUUGUUGUUUUUUUUGCUUCAUCUCUUCAUGCCUCAACCGACCGACCACAUGAAAAGUCGACGUCCGGAAUAAAUUAAACCACAAAGAAAGGCCUCCCUUUUCCACCGCGUCCACCUGAACCGACGAGGAGACAAUGCGUUUGGAUUUGUUUUGGAUGUGUUUGUGGUGUUUACUUCGCCCUGGAUCUGCCGGUCAAGGGCAGGCGACGGCCGUUUGUUCGCCCUCAUGCAGCUGCGAUGAAGAUGGGGGCGCAGACUGCUCCGGGAGAGGGCUGACCACCGUCCCGACCGGGCUCAGUGCUUUCACCUACUACCUGGACCUGAGCAUGAACAACAUCACUGAGCUUCCAGCAUUUGUAUUCAAGAACUUUCCCUAUCUUGAAGAACUACGACUUGCAGGGAAUGAGAUGUCAUUCAUCCACCCUGAAGCCCUGUCUGGACUGCAUCAGCUCAAAGUCCUAAUGCUCCAGAAUAAUCAGCUGAAGACUGUGCCCGGUGCAGCCCUGAAGACUCUUCUUUCUCUCCAGUCUCUUCGGCUGGAUGCAAACCACAUCACUACAGUUCCAGAAGACAGUUUUGAAGGCCUUCAGCAGCUGCGCCACCUCUGGUUGGAUGACAACAACCUGACGGAAGUCCCGGUCGGUUCUCUGAGACACCAGGCGAACCUUCAGGCUCUGACCUUGGCGCUCAACCGCAUCUCGUACAUACCAGACAAUGCCUUCGCAAACCUUACCAGUCUGGUUGUGCUACAUCUUCAUAACAACAGAAUUAAGGAGAUAGGGGACACCUGUUUUUCUGGACUCGUGAACCUGGAGACACUAGAUCUUAACUUCAACAGCAUGAUGGUUUUUCCCAAAGCAAUAGAGGCCCUGCCCAAACUCAAGGAACUCGGAUUUCACAGCAAUGAUAUUACCUCCAUACCUGAAGGGGCCUUCCAUAACAACCCCCUGCUGCGAACCAUACAUCUGUAUGACAACCCGCUGUCCUUCGUGGCCGCUUCGGCUUUCCAGAAUCUGUCUGACCUGCACUCUCUGAUGCUGCGUGGGGCCAGCAUGAUGCAGGACUUUCCCAUCCUUACGUGGACGAACAAUCUUGAGAGUCUGACCCUGUCGGGAACCCAGAUAUCGUUCAUCCCCGCUGAUCUGUGUGAGAACCUCAAGUUGCUUCGGACGCUAGACCUGUCCUACAACGAGAUCAAGGAGCUGCCGUCCCUCCAGGGCUGCAGCCGACUGCAGGAGAUAAGCUUUCAACAUAACCAUGUUCAACAAAUUGACAGGGACACUCUCCAGGGUCUCUCUGCGCUCCGUUUGCUAGACCUGAGUAGAAAUGAAAUCCGAGUUAUCCACAGAGAUGCUUUCCUCUCACUCACUGCGCUCACCAACCUAGAUCUGAGUAUGAACUCUCUGACUGUGAUUCCAACAACUGGACUGAGCGCACUCAGUCAGUUGAAACUCUCGGGGAACCCGCAGAUGAAAAAUGUCUUGACUGCAAAAAACCUGCCCAAACUCCGGUCCAUCUCUGUCCCUUAUGCCUACCAAUGCUGUGCUUUCGUUGGCUGUGACUCAUUGAUGGGAGCAUCUGAGGAAAACGACAUCAAGAAAUCUACAGGAGGGGAGGAUGUGGAAAGAAUUUCAAUAGUUAUGCAUUGCUCUCCUUCACCAGGAGCCUUCAAGCCUUGUGAGCACUUGCUGGGUAACUGGAUGAUUCGCCUGACCGUCUGGUUCAUCUGUCUGGUGUCGUUGGUCUUCAACAGCCUGGUGCUGGUGGCCACCUUCUCCCCCACACACAGAGCCGCAGCCCAUUCCCACCACUCCCUAACUCCGUCUCUUUCCCCUGCCCGGCUGCUGAUGGGGCUACUGGCCCUGGCCAACCUACUAACAGGCCUGUAUGUUGGCGUGCUGACCGCGCUCGACGUUGCCACCUGGGGCUCGUUUGCCGAGUUUGGUGUGUGGUGGGAGAUGGGCCCUGGCUGUCAGGUCACAGGAGCUCUGGCCGUCUUCUCGUCAGAGUGGGCGGUCUUGUUACUCUCACUGGCAGCUGUUGAACGCAGCGUGGCCGUGCGUACGAUACUCGGGAAGGUAAUGAUGUCGUCCAGGAGGAACGUCGGCAGCCGUCGCGGGUGCUGGAGAGGAGAUCGUCGCUUCAGCCUUGCUGCAGGACUACUGGGGCUGCUGGCUGCUGCUGGAGCCUGCCUGCCCCUCCUGAGUUUAAGUGACCAAUCCACCUCUCCUCUCUGCCUGCCCUUUGCUGGUGGAGAGAGUCCAGCUCUGAGUGUUACAGUUGUUCUGGUGCUGCUCAAUGCGCUGGCUUACUUGUUCACUGCAGCUGUGUACACCCAGCUGUACUGCCACCUGGGCAGGGUGGAGCUGGCAGAUCCGGAGCAGACAGGUGCCCUGCGACAUGUGGCCUGGCUCAUCUUCACCAACUGCAUCUUCUUCUGCCCCGUGGCAGCUUUCUCCUUCGCCCCUCUCUUAACCGGCUCCACAGCCGGCGGCCCAGAGAUUGCCAAGUCUGUCACCCUCAUUUUCUUCCCGCUGCCUGCAUGCCUGAACCCAGUGCUGUACGUGUUCUUCAGCCCGGCCUUCAGGGAGGACUGGCUGAGACUACGCGGCCGCGGAGGAUUGACAAGAGAGGUGAAGGCUGGUGCUGAAAGUCACGGAGAUGCUGGUGGCGGAGGGUCGGAGCUCACAGACAGUGGCUCCUCCUCCACCCACCUGGGCUUUAACUGUGGGAUGUACUCCCAGCUUUGUGGAGAGACAGUUGUAUGCGAGCAGUGUGAAGCUGCACUGCAUGCCCGGACCUGCUCUUCUCCCUCAUCCUCCACAGUCUGUAGACACUUGAUGAAGUCUCACAGCUGUCCCACCCUCCUGGCGGGAGCAGCCGUCUGCCAGCGCGCUGAAGGGUUUUGGGCAGACGGCAGCACACCCUCUGCUCAGUCUGAGUACGCAGACGAGGGGGACUCGUUUGUGUCGGAUAGUUCAGACCAGGUUCAGGCCUGUGGCAGAGCCUGCUUCUGUCAGAGCAGAGGCCUUCCUCUGGUACACUACUCAUACAACAUACCUCGAGUCAAGGACUGAGGACGCUUCAGAGCUCCAUUAUGUCUGUGUGCACAGAUCUCUGUCAUGUGAAUUUAGAUUCUACAAGAAAAUAUAAACACUUUUAUAUCAAACAACAAAAUGUGCCAACUACCCUGCUAAAGGACUUUUCAGCAAGCACUUAUGUUUGUAAUUACUGUGUAAACGGAUGCAACCAAUCAUUUAAAGGGAACCUGGUGCGCUUUUUGAACUUCAUGAGGCCAUUUCUACUUACACGUGUUACGUUUCCACUGAACUGAGCACAUCAUGUUACAAACUGGUCAACAAAGGAUCUUGCAAAGAAAAAUCUCGCCACCAGUGCCUGCAUCCUGCUUUCGAUUGGAUCUCAUUAUGUUGCGAGCCUCAAUGUAUGCGUCAAAGAUAUUGUGAUUUCUCUGUUUUACCUGUGCUUAUAAGCUUUUUCAAUUUUAAUUAUUACACAUCUUGUCAAUUUUUAGGGUUUCUUCACAGCAACUGUUGAUUUUAUACUUUGAUUAUUAUUUGUUUUACAUAAAUGUAGCAAAUGUAAUAAUCUUCCUAGAAUUUUCUGUUUGAAUGUAACUUUACCUACCAGAGGGGUUUAAUGUAACGUCAGCAAUAACCUCUACCCUGCCUGCCUGUGAUCGUAAUUCAUCAGCGUGAGAAUGGUAUAAGUAAACACCAGUCUAUAAUAAAUAUGUCUUUGCUUUAAUUUA